ACUAAACGGUGAGGUAGGCUCUUUUUCUGUUUUCAGUCCCUAUUUAUUGUAAAAAUUAAACGAAUUUCGAGACGAUUUGUUGCUGAAUAUACCAUUUUGAUGCCUAAAAUUUACUAAGGAGUUGCAGAGCGUCAAGCGGUGGGCAGCGAGCAGAAUUAGCGCGCAUUGUCGACAACAGCGAUGGUAAUGGAGGCGUCCCCGUCCCCGCAGAGCGUCGGCCGCGAGUUCGUCCGCCAGUACUACACGCUGCUCAACAAGGCGCCUGCCUAUCUGCACAGGUUCUACAACAACUACUCGUCGUUUGUGCACGGAGGACUGGACGCGCCCAACCGCGAGACACUGCCCGUCGUCGGUCAGAAGCAGAUACAUAACCGUAUACAGCAGCUCAACUUCCGCGACUGUCAUGCCAAGAUCAGCCAGGUGGACUCGCAGGCGACGCUGGGCAACGGCGUUGUGGUGCAGGUGACGGGCGAGCUGUCCAACGGCGGAGCGCCCAUGCGCCGCUUCACCCAGACCUUCGUGCUGGCCGCGCAGUCGCCCAAGAAGUAUUACGUGCACAACGACAUCUUCCGAUACCAGGACAUAGUAUUCUCCGACGAGGAGGGCGAAGGCUCCGGGCGCUCGGACGGCGAGGAGGAGGAGGCGGGGCCGGGCGCGGUGGCGGGCGGGUACUUCCCUCAGCCCGCCUUCCCACCCGCCUUCCCCGCGCCGCCCAUGCCGCCCAUGUUGUCGCCGCCCGCCUCCGCGCCCGCGCCCGCCCCCGAGCCCGCGUCCGCCCCGGCGCCCGCCCCCGCCCCCGCCCCAGCGCCCGCCCCGCCGCCGCACCUCAACGGACACCCGCCGCAGAUGGACGAGGCGCGACAUUUAGUCGCCGCAUUGCAAGCGAGCUCUAUAUCGGGAGGUGUAGAGCACGAGCCGGAGCCGGAGGUGGAGGUGGAGGCGCCGCCCGCGCCGCAGCCCGAGCCCGAACGCGAACCCACACCGCCGCCGCCGCAGCCCGCGCAGCCUCCGCAACCUGGGCCCGCGCCCCCGCCCGCCCCGCACGACCAGCGCCCGCGUCCCCCGCGCGCCCCCCAGCCGCCCGUUGAGGGCGGCGGCGGCCGACGGUACUCGGACUCGCAGCAGCUGUUUCUGGGCAACCUGCCUCACUCCGCCACCGAGGAGGAGCUGCGAGCGCUGUUCGCUCGCUUCGGGCCCGUCGCCGAGCUGCGCGUGCACAGCAAGCCCGCAGCCCCCGGAGCACCCCGACACCCCAACUACGGCUUCAUCACCUACGAGACCGCGCAGGCCGCGCACGACUGUCUCAACGCAGCUCCGCUGUACUUCCCCGCGGACAGCCCCGAGGGCGUGAAGCUGAACGUGGAGGAGAAGAAGGCGCGCGGGCGCGAGCCGCCGCGUCGUCGUCCGCUCUCCUCGCACCGCGCCGCCUUCCAGCGCCAGCCCUUCCGCCGCUAGCAGCGCCCGC